GUUAAUGAGUCUCAGAAAAGUGAAGUGAAAGUUAGAAUGAAAAGCUACACCUACUACACGAUGGGGAUUGGGUGAUGGUCCCCGCUGAGAAGACCCCACCACCACCACCAAACCUGGAGGGAGGAGCGCCAGGGACACAGCUCCGCUUCUCUUCUGGGGACUCUGCACAGCGCUGCAGGGACCUUCCCCUGUGGAUGUGCCAUCCUCCUCGCACUUGCUGACCCCACGUGGCCCUUCCUGUCCUGAUCACUCCUGAUCUGGAGGUGGGGCCUGGACAGGGUGGAGCCUCUGGGGAAAGAAAAGGGGCCCCAGGACGCCUGGGUCCACACAGGCUCCCCAGAGAUGCCUCCUCCACUGCCACCACGACUGCUGCUGUCCCUGCUGUUGCUCCUGCCGCUGCUGAGCGCCCAGCUGGUCCGGAUCCCUCUACGUAGAGUCCCUCCUGGACAAAGGACCUUGAGCACCUUGAGGGGAUGGGAAACGCCCCCCAGGUUGGGGGUCCCAUCCCCUGGGGACAAGCCUGGCUCUGUGCCUCUCUCCAACUUCAUGGAUGUUCAAUAUUUUGGGGAGAUUGGGCUGGGAACGCCUCCGCAGAACUUCUCUGUGGUCUUUGAUACUGGCUCCUCGAAUCUCUGGGUCCCAUCCAAAAGAUGCCACUUCUUCAGUGUCCCUUGCUGGUUUCACCACCGCUUUGAUUCCAACGCCUCCAGCUCCUUCCACCCCAAUGGGACCAAGUUUGCCAUUGAUUAUGGAUCUGGACGGCUAGUCGGAAUCCUGAGCGAGGACAAGCUGACUAUUGGAGGACUUGGUGCGGCGGUGACUUUCGGCGAGGCUCUGUGGCAGCCCAGCCUGGUCUUCACUUUUGCCCACUUCGAUGGGAUACUGGGCCUUGGUUUUCCCACCCUGGCUGUGGAAGGAGUUCAGCCCCCAUUGGAUUCGCUGGUGGCGCAGGGGCUACUGCAAAAGCCCGUCUUCUCCUUCUACCUCAACAGGUACUGGGGGUGGUGGUGGUGUCUACCUGCCUGCCAGUCCUCACCUCCAAAAGGAAUCCAGCCAGCCUUCAGGAAGUCCCUUACCCCAUGCAGGAUGUCCCACCCUCCUUUCAGAAAGCCAUCCACGUACAGGACAGCCUACUCUCCGUGCUGGAAGUCGCUGACCCAUCACAGUGCCUGACCUCACUCAGUAGUCUCAGCUAAGCACAGCUGGAGGCAACUGGAGAAACUCGCCAUCAGUUCAGAGCAUGCCCAUGCAGGAGACCCCAGGCCCUCUGAACAAAUACCAAC